CCUCCCGCCUCUCCUCCUCCUGCCCCCUGCCGCCCCCUGCCCCACCCCCCUGCCCGGGGGCGGGCCGAGCCGUUCCCCACCAGAAGAAUAAUAGCCAGACACCCAGUGGUCCUCAGUCUCUCCCUACCUUCGGUCUGCCUGGGUGUCCGCCUCUUCGUCCGUCUGUGGCUCGGUCCGCUCCGUCAGUGCCUUUGCUUGGCUACAGCCGCCCUCGGAGCAGGCACACUCCUUCCCUCUCCGAAGGGCUGGGGUAGUCCCUGCAUCUCCGGCCGCUGCAGCCUGCACUGAGCCCACCUCCCACCGCCCGCUGCUGCCCUCCCGGUUCCCGCAUCCUUCUCGUCCAGCGGUCCGCGCCCGGAGCAGAGCCACAAGGGCAGAGGAGUCGGCGGCUUUAGGGAAGGCGCGGCGCAGCGCUGCGGCGCCCAGCCCACGGCUCAAGCCACCUGAGCCCGAGAGUGGCCAGUAGUCAGACAGCCUGCAGGAUCAGCUCGGCCUCCGCCAGCAGCAACACAGGGCCUUUGAGGAAGAGAGAGAGUGAGGGGCAGACAGACCAGGCUGUUGGGCCGAGUUUGAGCAAGAAGCCUCUUCCUUCUCCAAGGUUUCCCAAAGGAGAGCAGAAAUAGGUCAAGGGCAGCCCAAGCAGCCACUUUCACUCUCCGCCCACAAGGCCCCAGCUUUGGAGAUGAGAAAUUCCGAAGACCCCCCAGCCACCCCAACUGUGCUACAGCGCCUGCUCCAGGAGCAGCUGCGCUAUGGGAACCCCAAUGAUAAUCGCAACCUCCUGGCCUUGCACCAGCAAGCCACAGGGAAUGUGCCACCCUUCCCUGGUGGUGGGGGCGGGAGCCCUGGAUCUCAGGGGGAAGGGCUGAACCCCCAAGAUCACCAGCACCCACAUCAGCAUCAGCACCCACACCAGCACCCUCACGUGCACCAGCACCCACAUGUGCACCAGCACCCACAGCAGCUCGGGGCCCAUGCUGCCCGCCAGGAGCCCCAGGGCCAGGAGAUCCAGGUGGACAACAACAUCAUGGAGAAGCAGCUGCCCUCCCGUAGGCAGAACAGCGAAGAUCUGCCCACCUAUGAGGAAGCCAAGGUCCAGUCCCAGUACUUCCGAGGCCAGCAGCAUGCCAGUGUCGGGGCUGCCUUCUACGUCACUGGGGUCACUAACCAGAAGAUGAGAACGGAGGGACGGCCAGCGGUACAGCGGCUCAACACUGGGAAGGUCCACCAGGAUGAGGGGCUCCGGGAUCUCAAGCAAGGCCACGUCCGCUCCCUAAGUGAGCGCUUGAUGCAGCUGUCGCUGGCCACCAGUGGGGUCAAAGCUCAUGCCCCCGUGACGAGCUCUCCACACUCCCCACCACAGCCUGGCGACCUCUACAAAAACCCCGCUGGUUCCAGUGACUAUUAUAAGAACCCAGGACCAGCACCAACCCAGCCCAGCCUGAAGGUCAUGGAGCAUCGGGGCCCCCCUCCUGACUAUCCCUUCAAGGGCAUGCCCAACCCAGCUUUGGUCUGCAAGCCCCAGGAAGCCGGGCACUUCUUCAGUGAACAUCGUCUGAGCCAGCCUGGGAGAAUGGAGGGGCCCGUGAUGAGGUACCAGCAUCCCCCUGAGUAUGGAGCAAGCAGGAGCCAGGGAAAAGAAUUGGAGGGGUGUGCUCCUAGACUACUCCCGAACCCUAGGUCUGGGGAGAAGGAAGAUGAGCCACCAUCAGGGCCCCUCCUGAUGAAUCCCAUGGACACCAAGUAUCUGCCAGCCCAGGACAUCUCACUGCAGCCAAGGACCCCUCACCAGCAUAGCCCCACAUCCUCUGUGACAUCACUGGGGUCCUUGAACCUGCUGCAGUCUCCACCAGCAACCAGGCCAUCACCUGCCCAGCAGCACCCCCUGAGCCUAAACCAAGGAGAGCCCAACCACUCUCUCCUGCCUAGGCCUCAGCAGCCAGGAGAAGCCUACUCAGCCAUGCCUCGGACUCAGCAGCUACCCUCCCCUUACCAGCCCAUGCUAUCGGACCCCUAUGCCAUUGUCUUCAGAGCCCAGCAGAUGGUGGAGGUUCUCUCUGAGGAAAACCAGUCCCUACGGCAGGAGCUAGACACUUACUAUGAGAAAAUUACAAAGCUGCAGAAGCUGGAGACAGAAAUCCAGCGUGUCUCGGAGGCCUAUGAAAACCUAGUGAAGACCUCUUCCAAGAGAGAGACCCUGGAGAAGGCCAUGAGAAACAAACUUGAGGGGGAGAUCCGCAGACUCCAUGACUUUAAUCGAGACCUUCGAGAGCGAAUGGAGACAGCCAACAAGCAGCUUGCUGAGAAGGAGCAGGAGGGCUCAGAGGACACCCGGAAGACCAUCUCCCAGCUCUUCGCACAAAAUAAAGAGACUCAGCGGGAGAAGGAGAAGCUGGAGAUAGAGUUGACAGCUGUGCGCUCCACUAAUGAGGACCAACGGCGCCAUAUUGAAAUCCGGGAUCAGGCCCUGAACAAUGCCCAGGCCAAGGUGGUGAAGCUGGAAGAUGAGCUUAAGAAGAAACAAGUGUAUGUGGAGAAGGUGGAGAAGAUGCAGCAGGCCCUGAUGCAGCUGCAGGCUGCCUGCGAGAAGCGGGAACAGCUAGAGAACCGCCUCCGGGCCCGACUGGAGAGAGAGCUGGAGUCUCUGCGCGUGCAGCAGCGUCAAGGCACCUCGCAGGCCGCCAGCCUCUCAGAGUAUAGUGCCUCAGCCCUCAUGGAGCUACUUCGGGAGAAGGAAGAACGCAUCCUGGCCCUGGAGGCUGACAUGACCAAGUGGGAGCAGAAGUACUUGGAGGAGACAGUGAUGAGACAGUUCGCGUUGGAGACCGCAGCCACAGUGGCCGCACAGAGGGAUACAACCAGUAGCAGCCACUCUCCUAACACCAGCUAUGACAAGUCGUUGGAAGCACGGAUCCAGAAGGAGGAGGAAGAGAUCCUGCUGGCCAACAGGAGAUGCCUUGACAUGGAGGGCAGGAUUAAGACCCUCCAUGCCCAGAUCAUUGAAAAGGAUGCCAUGAUUAAGGUUCUCCAGCAGCGCUCCCGGAAGGAGCCCAGCAAGGCUGAACAGCUGCCACCCAUGCGUCCAGCAAAGUCUCUGAUGUCCAUUUCUAACACCAGCUCAGGUUUGAUCCCUCACUCCUCCACCCUCAGCAGCACCCCCAUCCUGGAAGAGAAGCGAGAGAACGAGAGCUGGAAGGGGAGCUUAGGUGUCCUCCUGGGCACAGAAUGCCACUCUGAGUCAUCCAUCCCUUCUACCCCAUCUUCCCCACCACUUUCAGCUCACUCCAAGACAGGCAGCCGUGACUGCAGCACUCAGACUGAUCGGGGAGCAGACCCAGCUAAAAGUGCCAAUGCCACCACCAAUGCCACUGCAGCCACUGCCAUUACUGCUGCCGCCACCACCACUGGGCCCGGGCCCGAGGCAGCAGCUGCAGCUACAGCUGCUGUCCCUCCUGCAGCUCCUGCUCUUGCCGCAGCUGCCACCACCGGCACUGCUGCUGCUGCUCCUGCUGCUGCUGCUGGGGCUGGGGCUGCCUCCGGGGCCACCGCUGGAGCCGCCGCCACUGGGGCUGCCACUGGGCCCGCUGCCGGGACUGCUGCUCCCUCUUCUUUCCAUCCAGCCACCAUCACUGGACCAGCUCAUUUCCCUGCUCCAAACUUGGCCUAUAAUUCAGAGAAGACAGAUGGUACAGUGGUCCGCUCUGCUGCUGGAGAAAGAAAAGUGAGUGUUCGUGUUCCAGGACAAGACCAUCCAGAUGUGGAAAUCGUGGAAUAUCUCAUCUAAACAGGCCAAGGAAGAGAUAUAGCCUGUUGCCAAGACUAGCUUUAUCUUUUGUUUUUUCAGAAAGUUGUUUUGUUUGGAAACAGGGCAGUCCUUGAGUUUUGAGGAAUAGUCACUCCCUCCCACUCUAGUGAUAAAAACUUAAAAGGCAGAGUAAUUAGAAUGUGCUUUAAAUUAGAUUUGGAUUUUUUUUUUGCUUGUUUGAAUAAUGGAACUACUCAUGUCUGGAUAGAAACCACUGUCUUAAAUGCACCAAGUUUGGUUGUCAAUUUCAGCCUUUUAAUACUGUCAUUGACAAAUGUAUUUGUAAUAUGGAGAUGAGAGGUUUGGAAGCAUGCUUGGUCCAUUGACCAUCUAGCCAUCAUGCAGAGAAAAUGCUAUUUGGUGGCUUGUGGAAAGGGGGUUGGAGGAUGGGACUCUGACCACUGCUCUACCCCCCUCCACCAGAUCCCUUCCCUCAGCUUUCCUGCACUAAAACAUGGAACCCACUUUGCUGGGCAACUGGCCACUGGCUUUUUGCAUGCAGAUUUCCAAAAACACCUGUCCUCUGGAACAGGUUAGAAAUCUGAAAAUUGCUUCUUGCAUCUUCUGCAUGUUGCCUCCAGUGGGCUCUUUCCAAAGACCAAAGGAUAUGUCUGGUGGCAGAUAGUAUCCUUUGGAAUGCUAGUCGUGGUCUGGAAACAAGCUGGUUCAUCUCCCACCUUCCUCAGAUCUGGCUUAAGAGGCCUGUAUGGUCAUUACCCUAUCAGGAAUGGCACUGAAAACUCAGAGCCCUAAGAUGUAGUGAGGACGGGCUGUGGGGGAUGGCCUGUCCCCUGGGACCACCUCUUCUCAUCACCAAUUAUACCACUGGGGGGGGGGAAGCCUUAACAGACCUUUUAGAAAGCAAGACGGAGGGGGUUGCGAGGGAAGGAACCAAAGACAUUCUAGGGAAACAUCUCUAAAUAACUCCACAGAUAGAAGUGGUAUGGUAGGCUUGAAAGCGGGAGACUUGGGUUCAAAUCUCAGCUCCCACACUUACUACCUGUGUGACUGUGAGCAAACUGCUUUUUCUACUCUGAGCCUCAGUUUUCUCAUCUGUAAAAGGGAGAGAAUAAUCUUGCAUGCCCUACCUCACAGGGUUCUGGUGGGGCAGGUGCUUCAUCAAUCUUAAAGCAUCCUAAAAUGUGAGUUGUUAGAGGGCAUCCUGUUCCCUGCAGCAGGGGAAGCUCAGCAGAAGCAGUGUCUUUCACCGUGGGGAGGGGUGGGGAAUGGCAAAGGGGCUUGGCCUUAGAAUCUAGACAGAUAACAGUAUAGUCAUGCUCCUUAGACCCUAAUCAUUCUAAUGGUCAUGCAUACGGUCAUACAUACAAUAAUCUUAGAGCCAGGAGGGGCCUUAGACACUAAUUCAUCCCCCUCUUUUUUAAUAGUGGAGAAGACUGAGGUUCAGAGGAGGGGCAUUGAUGUGCCCAAGGUCAUACAGAGAGCCCAUGGCAGAGCAAAAACAGGAGCAUAGGCCAAAGCUCUUUCCACUGGACCACGCUGCUCCAUUGUU